CACCUCAGUAGUCACUCCCAGAUAAAACUCUCCCCGCCUGGCGGCCGCCACGACCAAAAGAGCCAGUGUAGGAGCCCCCUCAGGACGCGGAGCCAUGCCCAGGUACACGGUGCACGUGCGCGGAGAAUGGCUGGCCGUGCCCUGCCGGGACGCACAGCUCACCAUCGGCUGGCUGGGCCGCGAGGCCGUCAGGAGGUACAUCAAGAAUAAGCCAGACAACGGGGGCUUCGCCUCGGUGGACGACGUGCGCUUCCUCGUGCGCCGGUGCAAGGGCCUGGGCCUGCUGGACCACGAAGACCCGCUGGAGGUGGCCCUGGAGGACAACGAGUUCGUGGAAGUGGUUAUAGAGGGCGAUGCCAUGUCUCCCGACUUCAUUCCAUCACAACCAGAAGGAGUUUACCUAUACAGCAAAUACCGGGAGCCUGAAAAGUACAUUGCCUUAGAUGGGGAAACUCUGACCACAGAGGAUCUGGUCAACUUGGGGAAAGGACGCUACAAAAUAAAGCUCACCCCAGCUGCCGAAAAGAAGGUGCAAAAAUCCAGGGAAGUCAUAGAUAGCAUCGUGAAAGAAAAAACUGUUGUUUAUGGUAUAACUACAGGUUUUGGGAAAUUUGCCAGAACUGUAAUUCCUGUCAGUAAGCUAGAAGAGCUCCAGGUCAACUUAGUACGUUCACAUUCUUCAGCUGUUGGGAAACCACUAAUCCCUGAGAGAUGUCGGAUGCUCUUGGCUUUAAGGAUCAAUGUCUUAGCCAAAGGAUACAGUGGCAUUUCCCUGGAGACCCUCAAGCAAGUUAUCGAAGUAUUUAAUGCCUCCUGCCUGCCCUACGUUCCAGAGAAAGGAACCGUUGGCGCCAGUGGGGACCUUGCCCCGCUCUCUCAUCUUGCUCUUGGGUUAAUUGGAGAAGGGAAGAUGUGGUCUCCAAAGAGUGGCUGGGCUGAUGCAAAAUACGUCCUGGAAGCUCAUGGAUUGAAACCAGUUGUUUUGAAACCGAAAGAGGUAAAGAGAUUCGAGGAAAAUUUACUCAUUCUUACAAGUCUUUAUUUAUAGACUACUUUCAGUCUUAAUAUCUGUCUCUCUGGUUUCUUAAAAUAAACGUGGUUUUCAUGUUUGUUAAAAGUUUGUCACUGAAAAAAGGACUCCUCCACGAGCAUUCAAAAGAUUCUUCAUGCCACAGAGGCUUAUGGGUUCUCUUACCCAAGAACUUAAACUUCAAAUCGGGAUCCCUAAGGAUCCCUAACAGAUGCUGUAGGUCAAAAUCCCUCAGGGUGCUCUCAAACAAGUCUUGGACCAGAAAGGUCUUAAGCUGUGUUGUCCACAAUGUUGACCAGUUAAAGAAAAGCAGCAUAAUUAGGAGCUAAAGAUUUUAUAUGCAGUCUAUCCUGGAGGUUCAUUGCUGCCUUGAGAAUGGGGAUACGUAACAGGUGUUUCACUUGCCAGGUUUAUACUAACCAUUUCACACAGGAUGGCACUUAAUCUUCCAGUGCUUACUGAGCAUUCCUGCCCUGCACUUUAGAAAACAUAAACAUCGGGCGCCUGGGUGGUUCAGUUGGUUAAGCGACUGCC